UACAUAACAUGACGUAUGCAUUCAGCCUGAAUAUUUCCUUUUGAAACCAUUUCGCUUAGGAUUUACCAGGACAUUGAAUUCCACAUUUUUACUGAACAUAGGAAUGUGUGGUUGUGAAAUCAUGGCUAACAUUUAUUUACAAAAACACAAUGUGUUUGUAUCUCACAGUGAACACAAGUUCCACUUGUUGAUCUUACUGCUGACGAUCGUAUCAACGACAGAUGCUGUGACACUGACCGGGUCGUCUGAGUACGCUGUCCCCGGGAGUGACUUUACACUGACGUGUGACGUACCAGAGGAGUCCAAUGCUGUUACAUUUUACCGCCGUCCUGACGCGUCUACUCCAGUAGGUAGUGUACAAGUAGGUGGUAGUCAAUGUUACAACACCAAUGCCAGCCCAGCCGUCCCCUGUACACCGGAUGUCUGUUCCUGUGUUAUCACGUCCACGGGAGGACGUGGUACAGUGUUCCGGUGGGUCACACAGCCACAGACGGGAGAUCAUGGAUCUGUGUGGUUCUGUAAACGUACCAACCUUAAACUGAUUGAUCAAAUACUGGACAGUCCGGACUUCACACUCAAUGUGGCAGAUGGUCCUCGAACCUCCCUAGCCCUGUCCCCAUCGGACACUACCUACACCAGGACGGAGGGGGGCACAUUACCGGACAUUACCUGUACAGCUGAGUGUAGACCUGACUGUACCUUUGUCUGGACAAAACCUGACAACACCAACUUUACUGCCUCAGCUGUGUUAUCACUUGGACAACUGGACAGAUCAGAACACGGGACGUACAUAUGUACUGCUGGGAAUGUUGUUGGAACGUCAAGUAUCACUACCAGUGUAAACGUACAAUACGGUCCCGGAACCUCUACAGGUCUGUCCCCGUCGGACACUACCUACACCAGAAAUGAGGGGGACACGUUACCGGACAUCACCUGUACAGCUGACUGUAGACCUGGCUGUACCUUUGCCUGGACAAAACCUGACAACACCAAAUUUACUGCCUCAGCUGUGUUGUCACUGGGACAACUGGACAGAUCAGAACAUGGGACGUACAGAUGUACUUCUUGGAAUGUUGUCGGUACCUCCAUUUCAACCGCAAGUGUUAUUGUUCAGUACGGUCCGGGUAGAUCAAUUAUAUCCACUCCUGGCACUUUUUACAACAGGACUGAAGGUGAAACUGUACAGGACAUCACAUGCACAGCUGCCUGUAGACCUGGCUGUACCUUUGUUUGGACAAAACCUGACAACACCAACUUUACUGCCUCAGCUGUGUUGUCACUGGGACAACUGGACAGGUCGGAACACGGGACAUACAUAUGUAAGGCUUGGAAUGUUGUCGGAACUUCUAAUACAACAGUAUCUAUCCUUCUACAUUAUGGACCCGGCGACAGUAUAACAUUUCAGCCCGAGCCAGAUGUGUUAGAAAGCAUAGAGAACCAGACCAUUCCAGAAAUCUUAUGUUCUGCUGACUGUAGACCUUCCUGCACCUACAUCUGGUCUAAAGCUGGCAGAGGUUAUCCAAACCCACUGUCUCUGUCUGUUGGCACGACAGACAACGCUGGACAAUACACGUGUACAGCCGACAACAUUGUCAGUAAAGGAACAAAAACAUGGAACCUUCUUGUCAGAUCAUACACUCGAGGAAACACAAACGAUAAGUUUGGAUGUACAGUUGGGGAAGAACGUUCCUGCUGUACAGAUACCAUGUAUGUAACAGGAGUUGUCCUGACGUGUACUGGUGUCAUCACGCUCCUGUUGACAGUUGGACUUGGGAUAUUUAUUAGUCAGAAUGGCAGACUACCAUUUAUCCAAGGACAGCACAUCAAGCAGAGGAAAUUCCAAACUGUACAAUUUUCAGAACAAGCUGUGGCGCCUAAUGAAGAGGACCAACGAUCUUCAUAUGAACAACUCGAUAUGAAUGCAAUCGCCAAGCCGUCCGUAUACUCUGAAAUCGAAAAUCAAGGUCGUCAGAAAGAUCCAAUCAAUGAAAAAGAGUACGAGUCUUUGGAGUGUCGGUCUAAUCCAAACGUCUAUGAUGAGCUCAGUAGUACGCCAGCUGGUAGUAAAGGGAUAUACAUCAAUACAGAUACAGCCAUUGCUGGGAGUUCUGCUGGUUUCGAAAAGUAAGCUCAUCUCAAAGAAACGUGAUCACAAUAAACUAACGACCCGAGGAAGCUGCAACUAGUACUUUAGUGAUUUCAAAUGACGAUUUAUAAUAAUCACACAAGUAACACUCAAAUAUACUUCAUGUAUAUGUAAAUGUACGUAAACAUAACACAACUGUUUCGAUCUUAACUCAGAUAGGUUAUCCGGAAUAUGUUUGGAAUCAUAUUCGUAUGAAUAUGUCCGUCAAAACAUGAAGUCCUGGAUACAGAUAUGUGUAACAGUAUGCACAUGUUGAAUACAAUAAACGGUUGCAAUAAAACACUGCAUUAUAUGAUACAGAGUGGAUGGUGUUCAUCGGACAUUAGAUAAUACAGAGGUCACAAAAGUGAAGUCGAAAAUCAUAAUUUAAUUGAUAUAUUCUAAAUUUAUUGG